CCCCCCUCCUCCUACUCCAUCCAACCCUCUCAUCUCUCUCCGCCGCCACGGGGCCGCCGCGACUGCGGCCGCCGGGCCAGCCGCCAGCUCCGGUGGUGACUGACCAGUGACCCCGCCGCCGAUCGACGAGGAGCCUAGUUACAGCGCAGAUGCUUGGUCAGUAGCCGCCGGCCGCAUAUGUCAGGUCUCGCCUUUUGCGAGGUUGCCGCCAAGUUGCCGUGCUGGUCGGAAUGCUCUGGAUCGAGGCUACUUGCUGCAUACCGCGUUCGGAGGGGAGCCGUUUCCUGCCGCUGGGAGAAGCCAGGGACCUUUUCCUUGCUGUGGGCAUCUCCUUCCUACCGCAGAAACUCAAGGCAGAUGCAAUGGGCCAUCAGGACUAUGUCAGAUGAUAGCAGUGGCCAACCAGGCAAUAGCACUCGCCUUUUCAGUGCAAUUCAAUCUUUCUGGAACAAGUUUUCUGCAAAGCUGAAGAAAGCAAGGAAAGGGCUAGCAACGAAGAUCAUGUUCUUUCUGAUUGGAUUUUAUUGUGCUACGGCAUUUGCUACUGUCAUUGGGCAAACAGGUGACUGGGAUAUAUUGUCAGCCGGACUUGCUGUUGCCAUUGUGGAGGGUAUUGGCGCACUGAUGUACAGCGCUUCCUUUGGAUUUCUUGGUAGGAUCAGGAACAUGGUUACCAUGUUCAAUUACUGGAAAGCUGGGCUUACACUUGGGUUGUUCUUAGAUUCUUUUAAAUAUGAAGUGGAUGGGCUUCUUGAUUCAUGUAACCCAUUCAACUUCGAGAUUAAUAUAUUCACUGGCCUCUGGUAAAAUUCUGUUCCAUGUUUUGAUAUUA